CGUUAUCGUAAUCGGCCUUUUGUUGAUAGCAGCGGCUGGUGCUGCUAUCAAAUCAGCUGAAAUAAAGCUCCGUUCACUUUAGCGGGCGAACACGACCGCAGUUCUGUUCAGCCGUUCCUCACGUCAUCAUGAUACUCGUGAUUGGUGUAUUGUUAAUUGCAGCGGCUGUUGCUGCUAUUGGAUUACUAUUUUUUGUGGUUUUUCCAUUGGUGCUUGCUGCUGGUCUGAUCGUCUUCGGGAUCAUUUGGUUGUGGCAGCGUCAUCACUUCUGUCACUGGCUGCGUCUUGGUGUUCCAUACAUUCGGGCCACACCCUUUGUGGGGAAUGUCUGGAAAUUACUGCGCGGUAGCUGCUGCUUCGGUGAUCAGUUUCGACAGCUGUAUGAGAGCAAAGAAGCUGCUGGCCACGCCUAUGUGGGAAUACACGUGCUGCACAACCAUGCCUUGCUGCUGCGCGACCCGGCUCUGAUAAAGCGAAUUCUGGUUGAGGACUUUUCCCAGUUCUCGAGCCGUUUCGAGACCACAGACCCUAUUGGGGACACGAUGGGGGCCCAAAAUCUGUUCUUCUCCAAGCACGAGACUUGGCGGGAGACGCACAAGAUCUUUGCGCCCUUCUUUGCGGUGAGUAAGGUGCGUCAGAUGUACGGUUUGCUGGAGCACAUUGGCCAACAACUGGAGGAUCACAUGCAGGAUCAGCUGAAUGGGAAAUCUGAAAUAGAACUGGAAGUAAAGCAGCUGUGUGCUCUCUUCACCACGGACAUCAUAGCCUCGCUGGCCUUUGGUCUGGAGGCGCACAGUCUGCAAAAGCCCGACGCAGAGUUUCGCCGAAUGUGCGUCGAGGUCAACGAUCCGCGGCCCAAGCGCCUGCUACAUCUGUUUACAAUGUUCUUCUUCCCGCGUUUAUCGCGAAUGGUUCGUACACAUCUAUACUCCGAUGAGUACGAGCGCUUCAUGCGCCAGUCAAUGGACUUUGUACUGGCCCAACGCGAGAAGAGUGGGGAAAAACGUCACGAUUUGAUUGACAUAUUUCUGCAGUUGAAGCGCACCGAGCCGCCGACGAGCAUAAUUCAUCGCCCCGACUUCUUUGUCGCACAGGCUUCGUUUCUGCUACUGGCUGGCUUCGAUACCUCCUCAUCGACGAUCACCUUUGCCCUGUACGAGCUAGCCAAGGCGCCAGCGAUUCAGAAACGACUGAGGGACGAGCUCAGUGAUGCGCUUAGGAUAAACCGGCAUCAGCCGCUGAACUUCGAUUCGGUGAAUGGUUUGUCCUACCUUCGACAGGUGGUAGACGAAGUACUGAGGCUGUAUCCUCCCACUGCAUUCUUGGAUCGUUGCUGCAAUGACGAAAAUGGUUAUGAUCUGUCUGCUUGGAACUGUGGUAGAGCUUUAAAGUUACCUGCAGGCGCACCUGUGUACAUCUCAGUGCUGGGACUCCAUCGGGAUCCACUGCACUGGCCAAAUCCGAACCAAUUCGAUCCGGAACACUUCUCGCCGGAGCAACGCGAGCAGCACCAUCCAAUGACGUAUUUGCCCUUUGGUGCCGGUCCCAGGGGCUGCAUUGGCACCCUCCUGGGGCAGCUGGAGAUCAAAGUGGGACUCCUGCACAUCCUCAAGAACUUUCGGGUGGAGCUGUGCGAGAGGACACUGCCGGAGAUGGUGUUCGAUCCAAAGGCUUUCGUCCUAACUGCAAAGGGGGGAACCUACCUCCGCUUUGUAAAGGAUACUCUUUGAAUUGAAUGAAUAUAUAUCGUUUUAGUACAUUUUUCACUAUA